GCGCAGUGCACGGAGAACCUGCCCCUCACUCGCUCAUGUUGUUCUAUCUACUUGUUGCGUGGAUUUGGUGCACUGUAUUGCAGGCUGCUAGGGAGGGGGAUCAUGGAUGGUCGAGCGCAGUAGGCUCGCUGGCAGUGCAGUGCAGUGCAGUCUGCACUGCUCUUGGCUAUUGGUCAUAUCUGGUGUUCCUGUAUAGCAGUAAAGCAAUGCACCUGUACAUUCGUGGGUGGGUGCACUGCAGACUAAGAGACAGACUUCCAUCCAAGAAAAAGAGAGAGAGAGAGAGGUACAUACUUGUCCACUCUCGGUCUGUGCAUACCGUCAACCAUACAGAAAGAGGCUAGAUUGGAGACUGAAGCCAGCACAGUAGUUAAAAC